AUGGCAACUCCUACGCAAGAUAUAUUUCCCCUUCUAGACUUAGAAGAGCUGGUGAUAUGCUUACAGAGCUGUGAUUUUGCAAUGGCUACUGAAGAGCACAUUGCUAGGCCCACCUCUCAAUAUGUGAUUACUCUAUACAAACAGAUUAUCGAAAACUUUAUGGGAAUAUCUCCAGAGCAAGUCCUAGCAGAACAGCUCUCUUCUCGACAAAAUACAGAAGGAAAUGACGAGUCCACGUCGGUGGAUAUGUUUGAUGGGCCUUACAGAGAGACUUUACAGAUGUUGACAUUAAAUAAAAUAUGUUACAAAUUCUUUGAGAACGUUGGCAUCAAUGAUUUUAACAUCGUGGAUCUCUAUAAGCCAGAGGCUUAUCGAACUAGAAGGCUUUUGAGUGCAGUUGUAAACUAUGCAAGAUUUAGGGAGGAGAGGAUGUUUGAUUGUAAUCAGUUCAUAAUACAAAUGGAAGAAAUGCUAGACGAGUUAAAAUCGAAAUUUGACGAUUUCAAUUAUUUGAAAGCACAAUUAACAGCAAUUGAGGAUGAUGAUGAGAAAACUCCAGGUGAAUUAGAAGAUCUACUACAAAAAAACAAAGUUCUGGAAACUAACCUUAAAAAGCUUACAAUACUUCAGGAAAAGCUAUCCAUUGAUUACAAUAAUUACAAGAUGAAAAAGCAGGAACUCCUUCGGGAACUAGAAAAGAAUAGUUUCACACUAAUAGAAUUGGAAUCCAAAAAAGAACGCCUUAUGAAUUAUAAUGAUGAUGACCAAGAUCUACAGAACUCUUUAAAUAACUCUAUUGACAGAUUAACAGAGGAGAAGAAGAAACAGAUUGGGUACGUGUCAAAAUUAGAAGGUAAUGUAUCUAAUUUGAAGGUCACUGUUGAUACACUUGAGAAAGCCAUUGAACAUAUUUAUGAUAUACUACGUUUACUAUCAACGGACUUGCAGGAGUCACACAGGGCAGAAUUGAAUAUAGAAGGAAUUAAGGGACCACUUACAGAGAAGAGGACACGCUUAAAGAAUCUGCUCGAAUCGAAUGUAAUAUAUAAAUAUGAUGUUUUGAAGGAACAAUUAAAUGUGGCAGAAACAGAAUAUCAAAGAAUAAAUGAGGAACAUUAUAGGGAAACUUUGGAAAAUAAAAAGCUAAUACAGGAGUUGGAAGGAAAGUAUAAUAACAUUAUCCACAAUAAAAUGCAAGAGGCGGAAGUAUAUAUAGAGAAUGAAAUUACAGAAAAAAAGAUAAAGAUACUUCAAAGCGAACUAAAUGACAUCCAAAUACAAUUUAAUAAUGAAAUUGAUAAUAUAGAAUUACAUUAUUCCACUUUGGUUGGCCAUAUAAACAAUUAUAUGAAGAAACUAAUAACUGCAUUGAAUAAUCACUGA